AUGGCUCAGGUGUAUCUAGGCUGGGGGCUCAUGGCACUCCAGGGGACGAGGAGGCUGUAUGAGAGUUUGGUGGUCACCAAGGCGGGCUCAUCGCCCAUGUCUAGUAUCCACUGGCUUGUCGGGCUCGUCUUUUACGCUGACAUGGGCUUGUCGGUCUGGAUACAGGGGUCAGGUGCCAUUCUCGACUCGUGGAACGGAAAAGGAGACGUGGCCUUCACCUUUCCGUCUCUCAUCUCCCUCGUCCUCGCUCUGGGACUGUAUACCGUCGGCUAUGUCACGCAGAAUCAGUGCCAUAAAUACCUUGCCGGCCUCAGGAAGUACACUCUCCCGAACGAGGGUUGGUUCAGGUACAUCAUCUGCCCACACUACACCAGCGAGUGUCUUAUCUACCUUGGUCUGUCUGUGGCGACGGCACCCCCGGACACGUUUCUUGUCAACCGGACAGUCUUUCUUGGCCUCGUCUUCGUGGUUGUUAACCUUGGGACUACGGCCCACGGCACAAACAAGUGGUAUGGGCAGAAGUUUGGUGCGGAUAAGGUGGCUGGAAGAUGGAGCAUGAUUCCUCCCAUCUUUUAG